AUGCUACAUCGAAGCCUUGGACCUGUGGACACUAACACGGCGUCUGCAGUAGGGUCCGAGGCAGAAAUGAGCAAGCCCUUCACAGGGGAAACCGUUUUUCCCUUUGAUAAAGGUGACAGGGGGAUGGUUGGGGGCGAACAUCCUACUUAUCCUUCCACUAUACUGUCUACCUCUCUCUCCAAAAUGAAUGAAGGGGAUAAGUUUAUGCGGGAUUCGAAUCGUUUCAGUUCAUCACGACAAAACUCUGACAUGCAUUUGAGGAGAAGCGGUCACAGCAACCUCGAAAAGUCUGUAUCCUUGUCAAAUGCUGGAACUUAUUCUAGCCCACCAACGACCAAGUCCUCCAGAGAUAUAUCGUACAAGUGUAAAAUUGAGAAUAUGAAAUCUGAAGAUAAAUGA